AUGAUCAAGAGGUUUGUUGACUCGAGACAGUUUCGGCGGUUGCAAUAUAUCAAGCAGCUUGGGGCAACAGACUAUGCCGGUUGGCCGCAAACCUCAUACAGUAGAUUCGAUCAUUCGUUAGGUGUUUCUCGUCUUGCACGAAAAAUGGCUUCGCACCUGAAGAGAACACAACCUGAAUUAUCCAUAACGGACCGCGAUGUUAAUUGUGUGGAAAUCGCUGGACUUUGCCAUGACCUCGGUCAUGGGCCUUGGAGCCACCUCUGGGAUGGUCUGUUUAUGCCAUCUGUUUUGAAAGGCAGCAGAUGGAGCCAUGAGGAAGGCUCCGAAAUGAUGUUCGAUGCCAUCAUUGAAGAGGAACGCAUUCCUUUGCCCAAGGAGGAUCAGCAAUUUAUCAAGGCCUUGAUUUCAGGCGAUCCUUCGAGAACUCCUCGUGAGAAAGGAUUUUUCUUCGACAUUGUUGCGAAUAGGAGAAACGGGUUUGAUGUCGAUAAAUAUGAUUAUAUUCGCCGAGAUAACCAUUUGAUAGGCUCGCAUACUACAUCGCUUUCAUUAUUAAGCCUCAUUGAAUCCUCCCGAGUUAUCGAUAGCCAGAUAUGCUACAACGCCGAUAUAGCAAGUUAUAUUUAUAAUCUCGCAAUAUCCCGUUUUAGAUUGCACAAGGAAGUGUACAAUAAUGUGAUAUCCAAGGCCGUUAACUACAUGAUUAUCGAUGGUCUUUCAAAAGCAGAUCGUGUAAUGAAUAUAGCUCAGCGGGUUUUCAACGCCGAGGAAUAUCUGACUCUUACAGACGAUAUUAUGCCUCAGAUUGAAGCUACUACGGAUCCGCGGCUGAGCGAAUCUCGCGCUAUUCUCCGGCGCAUUCAUGAUAAGAACCAGCAUUACGAAUGCAUAUUAAAUGAGGUUGUCGAUUUGGGGCAAUGGAAGAUUUUUGCGAAAUAUGUUACAGGACAACGCAUACUGGAAGCUUCUCGUAGACUGGCUCCUGCCGAUUCCAGGGAACUUGAGUUCCUUAAAGGAAGUGAUGUUAUUGUCGAUUUCUCUCUGGUGCACCACGGAAUGAAAGAAGACAAUCCAAUGAAGUUUGUGGCCUUUUACUCUGCCGAGAAUAACAACGUCUGGUUGAAGUUGGAUCAAACACAUUACUCUUCUUCCCCGCUACCCUCGAAUUUUGCCGAAGUACUGCUGAGUGUCUAUUCGAAGAGCCGUGCAGCAUCAAAGCUACUAGAGGCCGGUUGCCAUGAUGUCCUGCAGAAUAUCGAGGCCAAUAUUGCUACAGCCAACGUGUAG